UAAAAUUCAUGUGAUAAAGUGCCAUUGCAUUAAAAAUCAGAUGUUGUUUAAUAAUGUGGCCAGCUGCUUCAUAAAUUGACGUCGUUGUCGAAUUACCGAGGACCGACCGUUUCCCUCAGUUCGACAUUUAGAAACCAGAGAGAGGCUUUAAGUGGCUGGAUGUCCAGAGAUACAGAGAGAAGAGGAUCCCAAGGCAGAAGCAUGCUGCCUGUGUCACCGUCACUCACAUCUCCAGGUUCAAGCCCAUCAGCGUGUAACGAAGGGGCAGCUCUGCUGUUUUUGCCAUGGGAGAUAUUGGCUCGUAUUGUCUCCCAUCUUCCGGCUCAGUGUGUCAUCCAAGUCUUGCCCAAGGUAUGUCGCUUAUUUCAGAGUCUGAGUGAGGACAGCACCGCCUGGCAGAUACGAGCUCGGAGGCUGAUCGGUCCAAAUCGGUCCUUCCCCUUGGGUCCGUCAGAGGGGUUUGAUUGGCCCACUGCAUGCCUUGAGAUGGAGCAGCUCACCCGCAGCUGGACCAAAUCAGAGGAGGGAAUACAGGGGGCUGAGGGAGAGAGGGAUGCCCAAGAGGAAGACAGAGAUGGGGCCAGAGCGGAGGAAAGAAAGGAGAGAGAGGAGGGGCCAGGUAUUGAAGAUGGAGUGGAAGAUGCAGAAGCAAGGCUAGAUGAUGAAGAUGAGAGGAUUGAAAGAUUCUUGGAGGAGCUGGACAGUGAUCGAAACCCAUCCCACAGCCUCAGCUGCCCCUCAGGUUUGGAGUACUUCAGUUUGCCUUCAGGCCACAUUGCUCAGGUGAACUGUGUGAUGCUGGUGGGUGGAGAGGGGGCUGUGUGUGCUUCUGGGUCCCGGGACAGGAAUGUAAACCUGUGGGAUGUGCGGAAAAGGGUGCUGCUGCGCACCCUGGGUGAUCCGGGUCUCUUCAGCACACACCGGGGCUGGGUGUGGUGCCUGGCAGCACAUGGCCCGCUGCUGUGCUCCGGCUCCUUCGACAGCACGGUACGCCUGUGGGACUUGGCAGCCGGGGGAGCCGAGCGAGGACUGAUCCAGGGCCGUGCUGCCGUGCUUUGCCUUUCCUGCCAGGAUCACGUGCUGCUGGCCGGUUCCUACGACAAGAAUGUCAGCAUUUAUGACACCAGAGCAUCCGACCCUCUGGUAAAGAGCCUGCGUCUCCACGGAAACGCUGUGCUGUGCCUGUCUGCUGACGAGAAGUACAUCCUGUCUGGGAGCAAGGACAACACACUGGCUGUUUUUGACCGCAGGGCAGGGAAACUUCUCCAGAAAUUGCGGAUGAACUCCUACUUAAUGUCAGUGACAUACAGUGGAGGAGAGGUGUGGGCUGGGGACAACCAUGGCAGGCUCCACACAUUCUCGCUGCAGGAUGGCUUCUUCAGGCAUGUCUCACGUUUCGACGAGGUGCACUGUGCCCUGGUCACCGGGAUACACCGCUCCCUUGGAACCCUCUAUACCUGUUCUUCGGACCGCACCAUCAAGGUGCAUCUCCCAUGUGCUCCACCUAAGACUUUGUUCACACUUCACCAUCAGUCUGGGAUCAAUGGGCUCAGUGUGGAUGCCGGAGUGAUGGCUGUUGCCUCUGGGAACAUUUGUGUGGAUGUAUGGAGAGAGCGCAAGUGACGAGUGGUGAGAGCUCUAAAGGGUACAGGAUUAAUUGGGACUCUAGUCACACCUGGUUUUAGACCGCUAUUUCAUUGUGAAGGAUUGCUGAUUUGAUGGCAAAUAAUGCCCGGAUUCAAGACUGCAUUUGAAGCUUCGGUGUUUUCAAUAUACCAGGAGGGUGUCAAAUUGUACAUUCAGGAUUGCUCUUACAAAAAAGAUAUUUCUGUUAUUAAAAGCCAAAAGACAGUUAUGAAAACGUAAGGGCACCAAGUACCAUUGUGGUUUGAGCGCUUGCCUUCCACUCUGAAGGUUUGUGGUCUAGUCCUCGCUCCUGUUGUAAUAUCCCUGAGCAAGGUCCUUCCCCUGAAUUGCUUCAGUAAAAAUUAAGAAAGAAAAGAUAAAUAAGCACACACAGGCUUAUCAAAAUCAGUUUUUGAUUUGCAUAACAUGUUAGAUAUUCUGUCAAAAUGCAUCCAACCUGCACGUAUAUAGGGGCAGCAGGUAGCAUAGUGUUCAGAGCUUCUGCCUUUGAUUCCACCUCCUGCCUUUAAAUCCCACUUCCUAAGUUGCUUUGAAGAAAAGCAUCAGAUAAAAGUUGUUCCACUAGGUCAUCUUGUACUGCCAUCUUUUUCUUGGUUGUAUAUAUUCAUUAUAUAUAAUGGUAGUAACAUCUCACUGACUUUGGAAUCACCUACUUGGUCUGCGAGUCCAGAGUCAUCUGAGCCAUCCCCAUGUUCACGUCACAGUCAUUCAUUCCCUUAGCUGAUUUGUGGUAGGAACAUGCAUGGCUUAGACACCUGACACUGUUCCGUGUCAGUUUAUUUGCAAUUUUUUGUUUCUUUUUAAAUGACUGAAUAAGGAAACACUAUGAUUAUAUAUUUUGUUGUUUUAUAUCAUGUAUUUGUUAAUCUAUUUUAAUAAAUUAUCUGUAGUAAAAAUGUACUUACUUUCUGCUCAGUAACCAAAAUGCCUGAUUUUUGGAUUCCAACCUGGAGAAAAGUGCAACAUUGUGUGUAUGCCUGGUUGUAGAUGGUUCAGGAAAUUUUGGGUGCCUUCAUGGAUUUGAAUGUGUGGAACUAUAACGUCUACAUCCAAAUGGACUGAACCAAGUGAGCUCCUUCAACAACACAUGGGAUUUCCUGUUCUUGAAGGCCUUUUUGGAAAGUGUAGUGAUGCCUGCAGGUUGCGGAGGUGGGUUAUUGAGGCAGUGUUCCUCCUCCACCAUAGUUGCACAUUUAUGUGAUUGGCAGCUUGCAAAUGUUGACGUUAGUCCGUCUUUUACCAACUUCAUGUAUAAUUAAGGACUGAAGUGUAACAUGAUUAAUAUCCUGGCAGACAUUAUUAAGGUACAUCAUUGACAUUUUCCAAGGGGACAUUUUCCACUCAAGACACCCACUAAAGGAAAGUUCAAUUAAUGUAGUUUAUCGGACUAGAUUUUUUCCCCAGUAUAAUUCAUGCUCAAUUUUAAAAGGCAAAUAACACUUCAAUACAUUACAGAGAUGAACAAAACAUUUCCGGCUAUUUCAUCAUUCACAUAUGCAGUACCACAUAAAUAUUGUCCCAAGGAUUUGGACCGUCAGUUGACUGAAGUUGAGCAGAGGAUGGCAAAAAUGAUUGGGACUGCAAAAUAGUGGAGUCUUUAAGGUUCCUGGGUCCUACAAUCUCCCAGGAGUUAUUGUAACUGUCUGGUUUGGCUCGCCUAACAAAUCUGACAAAAUUAAGCUGCAGAGGAUGGUCAAGACAGCUGAGAGGAUCAUUGGUGCACCCCUGUCUCCUCUUCAGGUCUUGUAUGAGACUAGAAUGAGGAACCGGGCAGACAAGAUCAUCACUGAUCCCACACACCCUGGGUACAAACUCUUCACACUUCUCCCCUUUGGCAGGCAUUACAGAGCACUAUCUGCCAGAACAAGACACAAGAACAGUUUUUUUUCCCCUUGGGCCAUCACCCUCAUGAACAGUUAACACUCCCCUAGAGGUCUCCUAUCAGUACAAUCUAUCCCAUCACUUUUGUAAUUGUUUUUUCAUUACAUUUUUUGUACUAUUUUUUUUUUUUAACUCUGUAAAUUUGCUAUUUAUUUAUUCUGUAUCUAUGUCAGCUGUCUGUCUUGUCUAUUGUCUCUUAAAAGCACUAAGCUCCAAAGCAAAUUCCUUGUGUGCAUCAGCACACUUGGCAAA